AUGGGAAAGAGAGACAACGAAGCAGAAACCGUAGAGAAGGCGAGGAUUCCUCUUUUAAGGGAUCAAAAUGCGGCGGAGGAGGAAGACGGAGGAAUAAAGAGUCAGAUAUGGAUGGAGACAAAGAAGCUAUGGCGUAUCGUUGGACCAGCCAUAUUCACCAGAGUCUCUACCUACUUGAUAUUCCUCAUUACUCAGGCCUUCGCUGGCCACCUUGGCGAGCUCGAACUCGCAGCCAUCUCUAUCAUCAACAACGUCAUCCUCGGCUUUAACCUCGGCCUACUCCUUGGAAUGGCGAGUGCGUUGGAAACGCUGUGCGGUCAAGCGUUUGGAGCGAAGAAGUAUGACAUGUUGGGAGUGUAUAUGCAGCGAUCUUGGAUAGUUCUCUUCUUAUUCUCGACCUUGCUCCUCCCUAUGUACAUCUUUGCUUCCCCGGUUCUUAAGUUCCUCGGCCAGCCUGACGACAUCGCUGAGCUCUGUGGUACCAUCGCUGUUUGGGCCAUUCCUUCCCAUUUCUCGUUUGCCUUUUAUUUCCCUCUUAGCCGAUUCUUCCAAUGCCAGCUCAAGAAUAAGGUUAUUGCAAUUUCCUCUGCAGCGGGACUUGUGGUUCACAUAUUUGUGUGCUGGCUUUUUGUGUAUGGUCUUAAACUCGGAGUUAUAGGGACCAUGGCUACUGUUAACGUGUCAUGGUGGUUCAUUGUCUUAGUAUUAGUUACUUACGCCACUUGCGGCAAAUGUCCACUCACUUGGACCGGUUUCUCCAUGGAAGCUUUCACCGGACUAUGGGAAUUCGCUAAGCUCUCUGCCUCCUCUGGAAUCAUGCUUUGUUUGGAGUACUGGUAUUAUAGAAUCUUAAUUGUGAUGACCGGAAGUCUGAAGGAUGCAAAAAUUGCUGUCGACUCUCUCUCUAUAUGCAUGUCGAUAAAUGGUCUAGAGAUGAUGAUUCCACUCGCUUUCUUCGCCGGGACCGGUGUACGAGUAGCGAAUGAAUUGGGAGCGGGAAACGGAAAAGGAGCAAGAUUUGCAAUGAUUAUAUCAGUGGCGGAAUCGUUAAUCAUUGGAAUUGUUUUUUCGGUGCUUAUAAUAUUUCUGCAUGACCAAAUCGGUUGGAUCUUCACUUCAAGUGAAACUGUUAUCAAAGCGGUCAAUAAUCUCUCUAUUCUUCUAGCUUUUACGAUUCUUCUCAACAGCGUCCAACCAGUUCUUUCUGGUGUUGCGGUUGGUUCGGGUUGGCAAUCAUUUGUGGCAUACAUCAAUUUGGGAUGUUACUAUUGCAUUGGAAUUCCACUCGGAUUUGUCAUGGGCUGGUUUUUCAACUCUGGUGUUAAAGGUAUGUGGGCUGGUAUGAUAUUUGGAGGAACCGCGAUUCAAACAUUCAUAUUGAUUUUUAUCGUUAUGAGAUGUGACUGGGAGAAAGAGGCACAAAUAGCAAAUGUCCGUGUCAAGAAAUGGUCGUUAUCUAGCUCAAGAAACUGA